CGCAGCUACCUCUUUAUCUCUCGGUUGCAGAAACCCUGAAAAGCUCCCAGUCCUCUCCACAAUGCCGCCGAAGUUCGAUCCCUCCCAGGUCGUCGAGGUCUACGUCCGCGUCACCGGAGGAGAGGUUGGCGCCGCCAGUUCCCUCGCCCCCAAGAUCGGCCCCCUCGGUCUCUCCCCGAAGAAGAUCGGUGAAGACAUCGCCAAGGAGACCGCCAAGGACUGGAAGGGCCUCCGCGUCACCGUCAAGCUCACCGUCCAGAACCGUCAGGCCAAGGUCUCCGUCGUCCCCUCCGCCGCCGCGCUCGUCAUCAAGGCCCUCAAGGAGCCCGAGCGCGACCGCAAGAAGACCAAGAACAUCAAGCACAACGGCAACAUCAGCCUCGAUGACGUCAUCGAGAUUGCGAAGAUCAUGAAGACCAGGUCGAUGGCCAAGGACCUGAGCGGCACUAUCAAGGAGAUCCUCGGGACCUGCGUCUCGGUUGGGUGCACCGUUGACGGGAAGGACCCCAAGGACUUGCAGCAGGAGAUCACCGACGGCGACGUGGAGGUCCCACUCGACUGAGGUUGUGAGGCUUUUAAGUUGGCGUAUUUUCGUUAUAUGUUUUCCUUCGUUUUGUAUUUUGGUUUGGAUAAUUUUGUUUUGUUAAGAUGGUUUAAGGACCGGUUUCGAGGUAAGUUAGAUGAGCUCAAGGAUUUUUGAUGCCCAAUUAUAACGUUAUGUGGAUGGCUUGAUGGAAUAGUAUGGGAUCUACGUUAUAUCGGA